AUGGCAGAAGUCGAGCAUCAGGAUACCGUCAACCACCGGGUGCUGGUGUCCCUCAAAGAGGCCGCGCGCAUCAUUGGCGCGCAAGGCAUGACCAUCCAGAAAAUCCGGGAGUCGAGCAAAGUGAAAAUAGGCAUUUCGCCUCACGAAAGGGGAUGCUCAGACCGCAUCUUGAGCUGCUCGGGCUCAGCGCAGGGCGUAGCAAACGCGAUUGGCGACGUGGUAGAGGUGUUGAACCAGGACGACAGCGAGCCCGAGACGCACUCGUACAAGCCGCUGAAUUUCAUUCUCCCCGCGCCCUCGGCAACCGAGAUCCAGGACCCUGAGUCCGUCAAGCGCAUUGGGAACUUGCGUCUGAUUGUAUCCAACUCGCAAGUGUCGUCUAUUAUCGGCACCCAAGGCAGCCGCAUCAAGUCGCUGAUCGAAAAGCACGGUGUCAAGGUCGUGGCCUCCAAGAACUUUCUUCCGGACUCCCAGGACCGCGUCGUGGAGAUCCAAGGCUUCCCCGGAGCCAUCGCGUCGUGUCUCGUGGACAUCAGCGAGAUUCUGGCGGCGGAGCCCAAGCCCUCGCACGAAAAGCAGUACUACCCGCACACCAAGAGCCAGGAAGAAGGCUCCGUUACGAAGGACGUCGCUAUCCCUGUCGAGUACGUCGGCGCCCUGCUCGGCCGCGGCGGAAACCGUGUUUCUAGCUUGCGGAAGUAUACCAAGACCAAGGUCAUUGUCAGCGAUGAGCCUGACGAAGAGAACAAUCGCGUGUUUACUAUCACCGGUAACAACCAGAACAGCGUAAAGUUGGCCGAGACGAUGCUGCUCAAGAACCUGGAGACCGAGAAGCAGAGACGCGAAGACAAAGUUUGA